CAAUAGGUUUAGGUGCUAUUGCUAUUAGUUUAUUGAACAUUCAAGAGGUUCUUAUUUUUUUUUCUAAUGAAUGAACAUCACUAUUAAAGAUGGUUUUAAAUGUUUACAAUCCUUUAAUUUAGGUAUAUUGUGAUGCCGCUACUGAUGAUAAGCAACGUAAAACAGAAGGCCCAGUUACAGAUAAUGAUCCCAUGCGACUUCGUAUGGAAGCAUUCGUAAAAGGACUUCAAAGCAAAAUUGUAAAUGAUAUAGAAAAACUAGACGGGAAACAGUUUACAAAGACAGUUUGGGAGCGACCUGAAGGAGGUGAGGGCAUCACUUGCGUUCUGCAAGAUGGUAAUGUGUUCGAAAAGGCAGGUGUCGGAGUGUCAAUUGUGUAUGGCGAAUUACCCAAGGCAGCCGUUGAACAAAUGCGUCAUGACCGAGGUAAAGAUAUGAAUGCAGAUGGGCCUGUUCCCUUCUUUGCUGCUGGCAUCUCCCUUGUCAUUCAUCCUCAUAAUCCAAAUGCGCCCACCGUUCAUCUUAAUUAUCGAUAUUUUGAAAUUGAAAAUCCAGAUGGUACACCUAAAAUUUGGUGGUUCGGUGGUGGUUCAGAUUUAACGCCUGCUUAUUUAUAUGAAGAAGACGCUGUUUAUUUCCAUCAAGUACUUAAAGAUGGAUGUGAUAAAUUUGAUAAGAAAUAUUAUAGUCAGUUCAAACAAUGGUGCGAUAAAUAUUUCUAUCUUAAACAUCGUGGUGAAGCACGAGGUAUAGGGGGUAUUUUCUUUGAUGAUUUAGAUGAUAGACCUGUUGAAGAACUCUUUAGUUUUAUAAAAGAAAUGGGUAAUCGAUUCUCUCUUUCUUAUAUUCCUAUUGUGAAGAAAAGAAUGAAUAUGAAAUUUACACCUGAAAUGAAGGAAUGGCAGCAGAUCCGUCGAGGACGUUAUGUUGAAUUUAACUUGGUUUGGGAUAGAGGUACUAAAUUUGGCCUUCAAACCCCAGGUGCACGUAUUGAGGCCAUUCUUAUGUCUUUACCUCUUACUUCAAGAUGGGAGUAUAUGAAAGAAACAAAGGAAGGUUCAAGAGAACAAAAAUUAGAAGAAGUAUUAAAGAACCCAAGAGAUUGGAUUCCACUUGAAUAAUAUAUUAUAAUAAAACAAUACACACUCUUUUUUUUUUAUUA